CAUAUUUCGUGUGGAGGGUCAGGACAGCGGCACCAAAGCUCGCCGAGAAGGUGACCGUGCAAACACUUCUUAAAGAGUUCGAGCAGCUCCGUCGUGUUAUACGUUUAGGACUAAACCAUGAGUACUCCGGAGUAGAAGUCCAAAUGAUAAGACGAUUCAUCAGGAACUUGCACGUAACAGAGGGCGCUUCCACGCGGACAAGGACGAAGUCAGUAGUAUUCGCCGCAGACGGAGAGGUCCUUAUAUCCCAUCUCUGGCGCUGCGACGAGUAUACCUAUUUUCACUCACGUAUGAUGAUACAGAUCACUUUCUUCAUCAUACUCUGUGUGCUCUGGGGCCUGCGACCCGGUGAGGUCGUGGAAUCAAGCAGACAUUGGAGCACAGGCCGGGGCAUCACGUACGGUGAUAUCAGAGUCAUUCUUGCAAAGCAUAAAGGUCGUCUCAGGUCCACGCUCAAAAUUAAGUUGCGAUUCCGGAAGGGCGGGCGUCACAAUGAGGCUGCGCAGCAGGAGAUCGACCUUCACGAGGAGCCAGACAACAGGUUUCGAUGCCCCGUAACGUGGUAUCUUUCCAUGGCUCCGGCGGACAAUGUCUUCCUCCACCAUACCACAGCUGACUUGGAGAAUCGCCUUCUGCCACUAGGAGCCGCGUCCAGAGAAUUUGCCAUUUGAAGCGACAAAAAGACUCUACCACUCCUUCGCAAAACAAAUGGACGGGAGAUUUUGGAUAAGAUAAUGUCUGCCCCCUCAAUGACAGGCUAUCUCAAGGACCUUGGU